AUGAAUAACUCCAAAAAACACACACAGUAGAAAGAAAUUUCUAGAGAGAGAAACACACACAUACAAACAUAUACAUAUAAGCAUCAAUAUAUACAUACAGAGCUCCCUUUCAAACUUCAAUGGCGGCAUCAAACUACCGUUACCUCUUCAACAACCGACAACAACCUAUUACCACAGACUCAAUCUUCGAGCUCGAAGAAUCCGACAUCUGGAACGUGACGUCAUCGCCGGAGUUUCAUAAACCGGUGCCGGUUUCACGGAUCUCGAAGAAAUCGGCAUCUCCGGUGGUCGGAGGAAUGGCGUCGUCGUUGCCGGUCAACGUGCCGGACUGGUCAAAGAUACUGAAGGAAGAUUUGAGUCAACAUCGGCGGCGAGAAGCUGAUUUUGACGAGUUUGAGUACGAAGGUGUCGGAAAAAGGAUCCCGCCGCAUGAGUUUUUGGCGAGACAGUCGGCGAGAACGACGUCGUUUUCGGUUCAUGAAGGUGUUGGGAGGACUUUGAAAGGACGAGAUCUGAGUAGGGUUAGAAACGCUGUUUGGGAGAAAAUUGGUUUUCAGGAUUAAUUAAUUAAUAAUUACACUAUUAUUAUUAUUA